UUCAAUAGACUCGGCCAAAAGUUAAUAGAAAUUUCAUUAGAAAUCAAUUGAAUUUUUUUGUGCGUGGUAGAAGAAUCUCAAAAUAUUCCACAAUUCUCGCGAAUCUUGGUGGAAGCAUAUGUAGUACCACCUAACGAGCUCAACCCACACAUUCCCCGCAUCGACAAGGAGAUCGCUGUAUUAUCUUGGAUGACACGCGAGAUUACCAUCCAGUGGAGCAGUCAACUACUGUGCCCCGUACCUACUGGACCCACCCGUGCAAUUUUCUCCUAUUGCGUUAAAGUGAUCAUGGAGCUGUGCACCUUUCUACUAACGACCGUCAUCGUCUACCUCCUCUACCACUUCUUCCUGAAGAAGGAAAAUUUUUUCGAGAAAAAUGGGAUUCCCCAUGUGAAACCUCUCACCGCAGUGGCCGGUUCAGUCUGCAAUUUGGUGCGAGGUGUGUCCUUAGCGGAGAGCGUCAGUGAAUUCUACAAUGCGAAUUCAAAGGUCAAGUACGCUGGAACGAGUUUCCUGAUGACUUCGGCACUGAUGAUCUGCGACUUGGAACUCACCAAACAAAUAACCGUCAAGUACUUCGACCACUUCGUCAAUCAUGACGGCUUCGUCGAUCCAACUGACGAGCCCAUCUUCGGAAACAAUCUCUUCUUCCUUCACGACAACAAGUGGCGGGAGGUGAGGAACCUGUUGACCCCAGCCUUCACCUCCAGCAAGUUGAAAGGAAUGUUCAAGCUCAUGUCUGAAUGUGCGGCUGCCUUCGCUGAUUAUCUCGCCGAACGAUCCCACCAAAAACCCCUUGAAAUAGAUUCCAAAGACGUCUUCACUCGUUACGCCAAUGACCUCAUCGGUACAUGUGCAUUUGGAGUGAAAGUCGACUCGAUGAGAAAUCCAAACAAUGAAUUUUACAUUCUCGGACGAAAGGCGACGAAUUUCGGAGGAUUAAACGUUCUGAAAUUGAUUUUUGUUCAAAAAGUCCCACGGCUUGCCAAAUUAUUGGGCAUUAGAAUAGUGAGUGAUGACGUCGAAAAGUUCUUCAUUCAAUUGGUGAGGGAUACUAUCGCAAUGAGGGAUGAGAAAGGUAUUACUCGACCCGAUGUGAUUCAACUGAUGAUGGAGACGCGAAAUAAUGAGGGACAUGGACGCGUGCUGACGAUUCCGGAGAUGACGGCACAAGCGUUUGUCUUCUUCUUCGGGGGAUUCGAGUCGACGUCAACAUUCAUGUGUUUUGCGAUGCAGAUGAUGGCGGAGAAUCCCGAGAUUCAGGUGAGACUCCAGAGUGAAGUGGAUGAGGUGUUUGAUGAGGAAGGAGACAAUCCUCCGUACGAAGCCGUCAAUAAUAUGGUUUAUCUCGAUGCCGUUGUCAAUGAAACCCUGCGGAUGUAUCCCGUAAAUGCAGUUAUGGAUAGAGUCUGCACUAAAGAAUUCGAGCUACCUCCACCGCUCUCUGGGAAAAAGCCGGUGCUGUUGAAGCCAGGAUUCGUCGUAUGGAUUCCAUACUACGCUCUUUUGAGAGAUCCGAGUCAAUAUCCCGAUCCUGAUGUCUUCAAUCCCGAAAGGUUCAUCAGUGAUGGGAAGACAUCAGCACACGCGGCUGCCUCCUUAGCAUUUGGACUCGGACCCAGAAUGUGUAUUGGGAACAGAUUUGCGAUUCUGGAGACUAAAGUACUGUUGGUUCAUAUUUUGAGGAAGUGUUCAGUAAAGCCUGCGGAUAGAAUGAUUACUCCAGUAAAGUUGGAUCCCUACACAUUUGCGAUGAAGGCGAAGGGCGGAUUCUGGUUAGAGGUUCAACCGAGACAGAAAUAACUUUUCUGCCCGAGAGAACACGCACGAAAAAAAUUAAAAACGUAACGAAUUUGCUAGACAAUUCUAUUGGAUUUGUGUUGAACUUUCUAUUAGCUUUUGGCCGAUUUCAUUGAAAUAUUCAAUAUGUGGAAUCAGUGAAUAUGUAUGUGUAUUGUGGUUUGAAUAAAGAAUCCUUUGAAAUGGUUCGCAGGAAUGAGAAGGCGCUGUGUCAGCAGAAUAUUUAGAGUAAGAAUUCAUUAUAGCCUAAAUAUUAGAGACAAUAAGUUCUUUGGAAAAUACUGAGUCGAAAAGAAAAGUUGGUUUAGGGUAUGCUCGAGUGAAGUGUGAAAUGAAAUGUAUUUAUGCUGUGUGACAGUUUUAUUUCGGUCCUGUUUGGUUGGAGAGAGUUUCUUGAGUGACUGAGGGUGGCCUGUGUAACGAACAGUGAGGUCAUUUUUUGGGACAAAGGGUGUAUUCGUUAGGAAUGAGUGCGAGGGAGAGGAUAUUUUUGAAAUAGAGAAGGAAAAGAGUGUUUUGCCCGAAUGAGGGAAUGACGAGACUCAGUUGUAAUCGAACGAAUGUCGCGUGAAGAUGUAGAGCAAACUUAGCUCAUUUGACGGUGUAUCUUUAUUAAUUCGAUUUUUAACUUAAAUAUACGUUCAUUUGUUCCAUUAAAAUAAAUAUCCUGUGACAUCAUGA